ACCGCCAACUGGAGUAGAUCAUUAGCCCCUUCAAUUCCAUCGUCUCUUGCAGGGCUCGGACGUUCACAAUGGCCUCCCAGCCCCAGGCGUGCAGCCUCCCGAUCCACACCGCGCCCUCCCCCGAUGCCAAGCCCCUGGACGACGACGACCUCCGCCUGCGCAGACGCCGCCGCCGCGGCCGUUGCAUCUGCGCCCUGGUCACCCUCGGCGUGCUCCUGCUGCUGGGCGUGACCCUCCUGGUCCUCUUCCUCACCGUGCUCCGCGUGCGCGACCCCAGCACGCGCGUGCUCUCCGCCCGCUUCGUCGGCCCCGUCCCCAGCCUCGCCCAGCCCAACUUCACGGUGCAGCUCACCGCGGCCGUGCACAACCCCAACCGGUUCUCCUUCUCCUACGCCUCCGGCGCCGCCGAGCUCUGGUACCGGGGCACCCACGUCGGGGACGCCCAGGUCGACCCCGGCCGCAUCCCUGGCAGGGGGGACGAGACCGUGCAGCUGGACAUGACGGUGCUCACCGCCAGCUUCACCAAGGACAUGGCGCAGCUGAUCAAGGACAUCGAGGCCGGGACGCUGCCGCUGGACGCGAGCGCGAGGAUCCAGGGGAGGGUGGCCAUCUUCGGCGUGUUCAAGCUCAGCGUGGUGGCCUACUCCGACUGCCACGUCAUCGUCGGAUUCCCGAGCAUGGACAUCCGAGGCCAGGAGUGCCACGACCACGCUAAGCUCUGAUCGGCCGGCUUGGCUGUUUGUUCGUUUUAUGGAGAGCGUGAUCAAUGGUUUGGGAGUUAUGUGAGUUCUCUAUAGCGUUGAUUAAUUGUCGUUAUGUCUUGGUCUCAUCGUAUACAGAAGAAAAAGAUUGUUGUUAUGUCUUGGUCUCAUCGUGUACAAAAGGAUCAUGUUUGUUAAAGUCAAGCGUUUGAAAACCA